CGGCGGCGGCGGCGGCGGGGCGCGGGCCGAGCGGAGCGGAGCGGCCGUGCCGCCCGGGCCCAUGGAGCUGGAGAACAUCGUCGCCAACACCGUCCUCCUUAAGGCCCGCGAAGGUGGCGGCGGAAACCGGAAAGGCAAGAGCAAGAAAUGGCGCCAGAUGCUGCAGUUCCCCCACAUCAGCCUCUGCGAGGACCUUCGGCAGACCCUCGAGCGGGAUUACCACAGCCUGUGUGAGAAGCAGCCCAUUGGGCACAUGCUUUUUCGGCAGUUCUGCGAGACACGGCCUGAGCUGUCGCGCUGCGUCAAGUUCCUGGAUGCCGUGGCAGGGUACGAAGUGGCUCCAGAUGAGAAGCGGAAGGAAUGCGGGCAGCACCUGAUUGAAAAGUACUUGAAGCCAAACAGUGAGGACCACGUGCCUGAAGUCCCCUCGCAGCUGGUGGAUGCCUGUUGUGAGAGGUUGGAGCAGGAACCUUCCAAGGAGCUCUUCAAGGAAUCCACUAAGCUCAUCCACGACUACCUGAGCGUGGCUCCCUUUGCCGACUACCUCGACAGUUUGUACUUCAGCCGCUUCCUGCAGUGGAAAUGGCUGGAACGGCAGCCAGUGACCAAAACCACUUUCCGCCAGUACCGUGUGCUGGGCAAGGGCGGCUUUGGGGAGGUUUGUGCCUGCCAAGUGCGUGCCACGGGCAAGAUGUACGCCUGCAAGAAGCUGGAGAAGAAACGGAUCAAAAAGCGGAAGGGAGAGGCCAUGGCCCUGAAUGAGAAACAGAUCCUGGAAAAAGUGAACAGUAGGUUUGUAGUGAGCUUAGCCUAUGCAUAUGAAACUAAAGAUGCUCUCUGCCUAGUGCUGACCCUCAUGAAUGGAGGGGACCUCAAGUUCCAUAUCUACCACAUGGGAGAGGCUGGCUUCGAGGAGCCCCGAGCAGCUUUCUACGCUGCCGAGAUCUGCUGUGGCCUUGAGGACUUGCACCAGGAGAGGAUCGUGUACAGAGACCUGAAGCCAGAGAACAUAUUGCUGGAUGACCACGGACACAUCCGUAUCUCAGACCUGGGGCUAGCUGUGCACGUGCCAGAGGGCCAGACAAUCAAAGGCCGGGUGGGAACAGUCGGCUACAUGGCUCCGGAGGUGGUGAAGAACGAGCGCUACACGUUCAGCCCGGACUGGUGGGCUCUGGGCUGCCUGGUGUACGAGAUGAUCGAGGGGCAGUCGCCCUUCCAGCAGCGCAAGAAGAAGAUCAAGCGGGAGGAGGUGGAGCGGCUGGUGAAGGAGGUGCAGGAGGAGUACUCGGAGAAGUUCUCGCCCUGCGCCCGCUCCCUCUGCACCAUGCUCCUGUGCAAAGACCCUCUGGAGCGCCUGGGGUGCCGAGGAGCUGGGGCCAAGGAAGUGAAGGAGCACCCUCUCUUUAAGCAUCUCAACUUCAAGAGGCUGGAAGCAGGCAUGCUGGACACCCCCUUCAAGCCAGAUCCCCAGGCCAUCUACUGCAAGGAUGUUUUGGACAUCGAGCAGUUCUCCACGGUGAAGGGAGUGGAGCUGGAGCCCACAGACAACGACUUCUACCAGAAGUUUGCUACAGGAAGCGUGCCCAUUCCUUGGCAGAACGAGAUGAUCGAGACGGAAUGUUUUAAGGAGCUGAAUGUCUUUAGCACAGAUGGCACUGUGCCCCCAGACCUAGACUGGAAAGGGCAGCCUUCUCCCCAGCCCAAAAAAGGGUUACUCCAGCGCUUAUUCAGUAGACAGAGGUGAGCAGUCUCUCCUGGCUGCUCUGCUCAGGGAAAUACUCGGUGGCCCGCGGACGUGGCAAGAUCUGGGAAAGAGGAGUUGUCCUUCAGUGCCUAACCCCUUCCCCCAGCAGAGCACAAGCUGCUCCUUGUUCUAACUGCCCUCUGAGCCACUAACCCCGCUCCCCUGCUCUCGCUGCCUCCGCGAGGGAGGCCUUGCCCUCAGCUUGAACCAAAGCUGCCCCUGCACCGCCACUACUGGGAGCUCUGCUCCCAGGGGGCUGUGGGAAGUUUUCCCUCGCUCCUCUCCUCGUAUGUCCUGGACACACAGAAGGGUUGACAAACCAUAAAGGGUUUGGCAUUGCCCCAUGCCCAGACUCCCGCUGCAGCACAAAGGGCUUGAGCUGCUUCUGCAGUUGGCUGAGCCCUGCGCAGGGCAGAUGGUCUGUGCUGGCACUGUGUCCCUGGGUGGCUGUAGUCCACAGAGCCCAUCUUUCUCCCAGCUUCUGAGCGAGUCAGCUGCGUGCUCACUGGUCUGUCUGCCAGGAACUGAACCCCUAGAUGCAGCUUGACUGUUUCCCUGCAGCCUGGGAGUCGCCUCCAGCCCUCCCAUGAGGAGGGGGGGCCUGGCCCAUCCCUGCCAGAGGGCAGCCAUAGGCUGGGUUGUGUGACUGUGCUCACCCUCUGCUUGCUGUGCUCCUCUCUCCCUCUCCUUGCCCUUCCUACUUCAGGACUGUUGUGGAAACUGCAGCGACAGUGAGGAAGAGCCCACCCGGCUGUAGAGCACAGCUUGUUCUCCAGCCCCUGGGGACCCCUCUCCUCUCAGGAGCAGCAGCCCAGCUGAAGGACAAGGCAGCCACGGCCCCGCAAAGUGGAUUUGUUUACAGUUUUACCCGUCUGUAUUUGAAGACUGUUGAGGUGGUUCCAGGGCUGGCAGCAGCACACAGCUCGGGCUGAGAUGCCUCUGAGCCUGAGCAGGCCCUCACCCCUCGUCCAGGGCCAGAUGUGCCACUGGGCAGCGCGGUGCUGCCGGCAGCCGCUCCCCUCCCGGGCCUGGCACGGACGGAGGGAUGGCGCUGGGGUGGGCCCAGGCCAGGCUGGAGCAGCUCUGCUGACACAUUCCACGGUGCCAGAGCGGCACUGCAGGUUUGGUGUAUAUUUAUGUAUGUCUGUACAUAUCACAUGUCGGGUUUUAAUCUACAGGGGGGGGCUUGCACUGCCCCCAUCCUGUCACAGGCACAAAUGCCCUCCUAUGGGGGGAAGCGACGGUCCCAGCUUUGUACCAGAGAGGCCUGGGCAGAGGCCUUCUGUGCCCUGGGGCGUCCAAAGCAUCUUUGCUGGACCUUUCUGGCCAUGCUGAGCCGUCCCUGGCUCCAGCGGAGUCCAUUGCUCAGCCCCGAGGCACAGGAAAAGGCUGUGCCAAAGCGUCUCCCCCCGCAUCCUGGCAGCAGCACGGCACUGCCUCAUCCUCACAGAGCUGCUUCCUCCUGCCUGGGCUGCCACACGCUGCCAGCUCUGGGACGCUCAGCCCAGGACCCUCCAUUCCCACCCCUCCUGCCUAGAAGGGCCCCGAGGGCCGGGCUGAUCCCCACUGUGGGGCAGGACAGCCCCGGCACAGGCUCACUCCGCGGGUCCCGCGCCUAGUGCAGUUGCAGAGGAGCAGUCACAGAGGGACCCUGCUCAUGGACCAAAGCCAUUUUAAAGGGAAUAUCUCUUCCCAGGGUCCUGCUGUAAACUGUGGCCUGAGAGCAAGCAGGGCCUGGACCAGCAAUGUGUGUGUGUCCUGGGGAGCCCGCACAGCUCCUGUGCCCACAACCAGGGCAGGGGCUGAGGGGCUGGAGCCCUGCCUGCCCCUGGGGAUCUGCGUGGGACUUGAUCCCCCUCUUCCUCAUCUUGUCCCCUCUUGUGCAUCACACUCAUCCCAGCUGUGUCCUGAGCAAUAACUCAUCUCCUCUGUGUGUGUGUGUGUGCGUGUGUGUGUGCGCACGCACCUGUGCGUGCCCGUGUGCUCGCUCUGAGCCAGGCCCCCCGGGGGGCUGAGCACCUACUCAGACCUGUGGUAUCAUUUGCUUGGCCUUGCACUAAAGUUGGAGAGUAUUUAAA